AGAAAUGACUAUUAUAGCUUAAGCAAUGUCUAUCAAUGAACUUCCAGACGAUUGUUUGCUCAUCAUUUUUGGUCUCAUAAAUGAAUUGGAUGAUUUAUUAAACUGCUAUAAAGUUUGCAGCAAAUGGAGCCAAUUGAUUGCAAAGCGAACUAGAACAGUUAAAUAUUUGAUUGCCAAUAUUUACGGCCAAUCUAUGCAACUUCCAAGAAAUGUGUUUGGUUAUGUCUAUUAUAAAACAGAGGCGCCAAUUGAUGGAACUUGUUUGAGCACAUUAUUUCCAAAUUUAAGAAUUGCAGAUUUUUCCAGCUUACGUGAAAAAGUGAAAUAUGAAGAUAUGGUUACAUUGGUCAAAGAGAUAAAACCUUUAAAAGGAUUAAUACAUUACAAAGGUACUAGAGGUGCAUUAAUUUGGCAAUAUUGUGAUCAACUCGAAAUGUUAUCCACCAAUUACAUUGAUCCAUGCAUGGAAAAGAAUGGUGUCAAUAUCAAACAACUGCGCCUUGGCAAUGUUACUCUAGAUGAAUUCAAGACGCAUGCAAAUUAUUUUCCAAAUCUUGAGAGACUACACAUUAAUACAACAUUUAACAAAGGCUGGUCAGAUGGCUACUACGAUGGUCCCAUAUUCAGCAGACUUAAAAUAUUUGAAAUGCCCUUAUCUUCUUCUUAUAAACCUCGAAUGAUUAAUUAUGGUUUCCAGUUCAUGGAUUCAUGUCCAAAUCUUCAAAGUGCACACAUUUACUUGAUGACGCCGAACUUUUUUGUCGAUGAAUCAAUAAAACACGAAUCUUUGCAAGAUUUAGUUAUUACAUUUUAUUAUGACUAUGAAAAUUUCAACUGGAAUGAUUGGCAAAGAUUGUUUACGAAAUAUCCGAAUCUUAAGCAUCUUGCAAUUAGUAGAGUUAAGGACCUGGAAAAUGAACAUGUGGAGCAAUUGGUUCGUAUUUUGACCAAUUUAGUGUUAUUUGCUGUUCGUGGAUGUGGAGUCACUCAAAAGGCUGCUGAUUAUGUUCAAGGUUUUAAUAAACUACAUGGACGAUCAAUCAAGUUUUAUUUUGAUGAGAAUUACCAUGAAAUUCAAUCAGAUUGGCCUCAGUUAUCAACUGAGUGGGAAAAAAUAAGUCAAGGCUUUGAUUUCAUGAAAAAUUGUUUUCUUAAAGAUUUUCGUUUGCUUCCUACUUUCUUGAUCUCUAAUGAGGCUUAAAUAGCACAAUAUGUAUUCACGAUGUUAUUAAAGAAGAUCAUUUGAUGAAAAGGUCACAGAUUCAUACAAUUUUGAGAAUGAUCUGACCUCCUUUAAUCAAAACUAACAAGGGAACUUCACGAAAUGAUACCAACCGAUUUUGAUGUUCUAUAGCUCGCAAGAUAUGGUCGAGUAGAUAAAGAUUUUGAUUUUUUAGCUGCUGAUACGCACUUAAGCAAAAUUUACACGGUAUCCUAUCGAAAAUUUCAAGUCACAUAGACUAAUUGUUUAUUCAUUUUUUGACAAUUAGAUGUUUAUGCAUAGAUAACUUCUUUAAAAAAUACUUUUGUUGAAUCAACCACAUCUCUGGAUCGAAUCAUCUGUCUUAAAAAGUGAUUAGUUAAGAUUAAGCCUUAGUUUUACCUUACAAUGACUAUCAACAAACUUCCAGACGAUUGUUUGCUUGUCAUUUUUAGUUUAAUUAAUGAAUUGGACGAUUUGUUAAA